UCUGAGAAAAACUGCUUAGACUGAUCGCACGCACGCCGCGCACCACUUCCUCCUCGCACGUUCGCAUGCACAAGAGCGCUCCAUCCCCAACCUCCCUCCUCUCCCGAUCGGCGCCUCACCUUCCCGUCCCCGCAUCCCCGGUGCCAAGCCGCCCUCCCUGCACCCGCAUCGCCGCCCCUAGCAUGCCGUCCGCUCCGCACGCAUACCACCGAUGACCCUGACCGUCGUGAACCCGAUCUGGCCGGGCAUCCAGGGGAACACCGGCAGUGAGGUCCUGGAGGGGGGCAGCUUCUUCCUCCCGUCGCUCUCCCACCGCUCCUUCCCGGCGCCCACCCACGCCUGGUCCAGCCGCAUCUGGGCGCGCACCGGCUGCGCGAUAGGCGACUGCGGCGGGGGGGCCCCGAUCGCCCCGGCGCGCCGACAGGGCGCUGCGGCGGGCGGCUCCAGUUCUCCACCGCAGGUCUCCCUCCACCACGGCGGCAACGAGCAAUCGUCCUACGGGGUGAGCGUGGUGGACGGCUUCAACGUGGGCCUCUCCGUGACCCCGCACAAGGGCCGCGACAACUGCCCCGUCUUGGCCUGCUGCAAGGACCUGACCCAGAGCUGCCCGGGCGAGCUGCCUGUGCGUACAUGAUGUUCAUCCUUGGCUUGUCACACACGCAAUCCUCUCGGCUUAAUUCCAUCUCUUCCCCAAUUGGAAACAAAUCAGCAUGAGACUCAGCCUUGCCAAGGUCGAGAACGCCUCACAGAUAUGUAUGAGGACGUCUAAUCGAGAUUUCCGGCUGCAGGGCGCAAUUAGUGGAAGAAGGUAUUACGAUUUUCCAGAUUGUGAUUAAUUGCUUCUCAACUCAAUUCCCCUCUUCUAUAGUCUUGUGAGAUCGUUCAUUCAUUCAUAAAGAUCAUCCUCAUACAUAUCUCUUUCUCACUCUGAUUUCAUGUUUUGAUUGGGAUUCGAAAAGAGGAACUGAGAUGUAUGUUCGUGACUUGUAAGCAGCAACAAAAUUUAGCAAUUUAUAUUUUUCUAGCCAUCCAAA